AAUCUAGCCUGUGAACUUCGAAUUUCUUAAAAAUUUUCACGAAAUUCCUAUGUUGCAGGCCAACUUUACUUUCCUGCCUUUCUAAUAAAUUGUCAUAAACUACACCAUGUUAUAAACCAUAAACGUCAAUUACUCGUCAACUUACCAUGUGCGUACGAUGUGCACGUGACAGCUGCGUUUGAUUUGUGAUUGCUUAUGCUAACUAGAACUCAAGUGGGACCUUAUGAUCUGUCAUUUCUGUUCUUUGGUAGGCAUUCGUGAUUCAAGUUUUGAUCACACAUUACUUAUUUCGAUUUUAUAUCGUAGGAAUUAGAGAGUUUAUAGCGAGGGGAAACACGGUGAGUUUAGGUUAGAUUGCAGCAAGAAUCUUCGGAAAAUUUAUUGAAACCAUGUCGGACAACGUGUGUCUUCAACUUCCAGUGUCAGUGGUUAACCGUGCAACAACAUCGACGGAUCGCAGUGAAUAUCUUUUAAAUCUUUUAGAAAAUAUCUUACCACCCUCAGAUACUAAAUCAGUAAAUGAAGAAUUGAAAAAGACAUUCACUUUCAACAAAUACAGAACAAAGCAUGUUCGCCGUAAACCAAAGAAGGCAACAUUUUUAACAGCCAGAAAAAGAUCAGAACUUGGCUUAAAUAAAUUGGAUAACAGGAUUAACUUGAAAUACGUUGAUGCAUUAGCAUUGAACCAGCUGUGGCUAGAGUACAUGCGACAAAUGCUUGGUGUUAACAAUUUCACUGAUUUACCACAAGGACCAGUCGAACCAUAUUGGGACAACAUUGGUCAACAAUUGCUAAAGGCUGACUUCCAUGGAGCAAAAAUUCUUGUCAUUAGAUCUAAAUGCCCAAGUUUGGUAGGCAUUCAUGGCAUUGUAUUGCAAGACACUAAAUGUACCUUCAGAGUUAUUGGAGAGGAUAGUAUUAUCCGAACAAUUCCAAAAGACACAGCUGUAUUCAAGAUAUGUUUGGGCAAUGUCAAUUUACAAUUGUUUGGCAGAGAGUUGUGUGUCAGACCUGCUGAGAGAUCAGUGAAAAAAUUCAAAAGUGCUCGUGUACCUGAUUUAUAACAUAAUUACGAUUAUGAAAAUACAAAUAUUGCUAAAAUUUUCUUGAGUACUUUUAAUGACUUAUCAAAUAUCACAAAUGAGGCUUUCCCAUAGUCAAGAGAUACGUGCAUAAAAUUGUAUCUUUAACAAGUACGUUGUGCAUUUUAAUUUUUAAUUUUUUUAUAAUUUUUAUAAAAAAUGUUUAGUGACGAAUAUCAUUUGUUACUGGUUAAUUAAUAUGGGAAUGUGUAUGAUAAGAAAAUGAAAAUAUGUUCGUCAAACAGGCAUUUGUUUAUUUCUCACUGUGCAUAUCCACUUGACACAGUUGUUAUAUCUUACAGCAAAAACAAUUGAAUGCAAUCCAGUUCUUCGAUCAUCCAUUCUUGAUAAUUACCUUUUGUAUCAUUUAUUCAUUUUUUUUUUUUCAAUAAUAUUAAUUCAUAUCAUAUUUUUGUCUACUACUUACAUGUUACACUAAAUACCAAUAUAAUAUAUAAUAAUAUAAUUAUAUAUUUAUAAUAUAUAUGUAUAAUUACUAAUAAUCCUUGCUUUUUUGUUUGCUUUUUGCAAUAAUUAGUUAUAAUAGUAUUUCAAAAUAUUCAAAUAAUCAUGAUAUUAUAAUAACAAUUUGCGAUGCGGAUUGGUUAAAUCCUUAUUCAAAUAAUAAAUCACUAACCACUUCAUUUCCAAAAAUUUCAUUCAUGAUAAAUUUGAUUUAGCUAUGUUGAAAAGAUAAGUGCAAUGAUGGAGUUUUGGGAUUGUCGCGUACCUUUCGCACGCACCACCAGUUCCUAACGAAUUCUUACAAUUUAUUUACCAUAAUUUAAAGGAUCAGUAAACCAAUUACACAGGCCUGAAGAAUCAGAAACGCAACUAAGAAUUCUACCCUAAUCGAUCCCUCACGAGAAAUAAUUAGUGUAUUUGAGUUUAAAGCAUCCCUCAACAUGCAGUUAAUGAUUAAUAACGAUGCUCUUGUCAUGUGAUUUGGAUUAAUGUUCAUACACCCACCGAAUCAGACUCGUGUUACGUGUUCACUGUCCCAUUCAAUAAUCAGGGGCAAUCUACAAUUAUCACUGCGUUACGUUAAGGCGUAUAACUUAUUGAAACAAUUUUUUUCCAAAUAAUCAACGUGUUAAUCAUGCCGUCAGUACACUUUGCAACGGAUCAGUUAAACGUACACAGUAUGCUGGCAAAAGAUAGGUAUUUUGCGACCUACCACUGUAAAUAUUUAUUCAGCUACUAUAGAACGGUAGCUUCCGAAUUUAAUUUAAAUGACAAAUCAGCCACUAUUUCUAUGAAUCAUCAAUAAAAUGUUAAUUCAACAUUUUUUUUACAGAUUAAAUGAUUGCUAUUGAAGUGUGGUGGACAAAUGCUAUCGCAGUAUUAACAUCAUUUAAAAAUCAAUUGAUAUUCUUGCUCCUGUCAUCCAUGCAAUUCCGAUUAUUAAGGAAGA